AUACGCAUUUACAUGAGAAGACAGGUUCAUUCUUCUUGUUCAUAUUUGAGAGAUUUACAACUGAUGAAAAUUAAUUUAAGAAUCAGAUGGAGCAACUUGCCACUGCUGGGUUCAGGAGCCCAGGGAGAAAAGUGUACCACUAAUGGCCAGUUUUCCAUAUGGCCUUCAUGGGUAAAGAGAAUUUGCAAAAAGAAGAAAAAAAUUCAUAUAGAUUAAGCCUCAAAAAUACCUCUCCAAUUUAAAGAAAGUGAUCACAGAAGUGAGAAAGUGAUCACGGAAGUGUGAAUUCAAACAUUGCAGGUGGGAUCAUGCAGUGUUUUUGCACUUUAUUUUUUAUUGGGUUUGGUGAUUUGGACAGAGUUUAAAAUUCUGGACUGAAAAGUAACUUCUACUCUGGUUUUGACUGGAGGAAAGCAAGUUCAGGUGUGAUGGGACAAGUCUGAACAUUAAACUGAUUCCAUCAUUUUGCCUUUUUCAGUUAACUAAAUUUGAAGAUUUUAUUCUUUUCCUUUUCUGCACCUAUAGGAUAAUAUCUUAAAAUAGCAGUUAGAACCAGGAAAACCCAAGCAAAGCUUCCUUUUGCUUGGACGAAAGGUGUGGAAACAGGCUCUAAAUGUUAACAGGAAAAUACCCGUCAGCCCAGUGAUUCUAGAGAAAUGGUGCAGUCCUGGAGACUCUGACCAUAUCCUGGGUGUGUGGUUUGAGGGAUUGUCAGCUGUGUUGAGUCUAAGACUUGCCUAUGAGAAGAUUACUUGAUGGACUUAAUGCUGAGAUUAGUUGUUUUUAAUUGAGGAUGAAAAAAUACACGAGCUUUAGAAAUAGAAAAGAGAAGUAACUCGGAAGUGAGAAAGAGUCCAGCGAAAGAAACAAAAUCCAACAGUAUUACUCCUUUAGCAAGCAGAAUUAGAACUACCCUAAGGCAAAUACUUGGUCUACUUAUAUCUUUAGUCUCAGCCUCUGUGGAAGGACCUUGUUUUCUAGCCUCUAUGGCACUGAGGGGUCUGCUGGUUGGCAGAGGAGUUGUCCCAGGGAACCCUGGGUUCCCCGGGGACACAGGGCCUAGCAUCUUUAAGAUAGGGAAUUUCUGGUUUCUGAACAGCAAGGAAGAGUGUUUUUCUUCCUGUAAUUGAACUGCUGUCUGCACAAACUCUGGUCUGUUUUGCACAGUUUGUGUGCCUUUCUUUCCCUUUAUGCAAUCUUUUUCAGCUUUUGCAGCAGAAAUUUGUCUAGUUCAGAAAACAUGCCAGAGGGUGGUUUCAGAAGGAAGAUGAUCCUGUGUGUUCUGUCUCUACAUCUGAACUUUUGAAUAGAAAAUUCCAGCUAGAGGGAUUCUUAAAGCCUUAAGUUACUUGAAAUCUAUGUAUUUGAAACUCUUUGUCUCUGGAAUUACAUUACACAAAACUGGAAUCUCAGGCUGAAUGAAAAUAAUUCAGUUGAGUAAAAAAGAAGAAAUGUUGAUCACCACUUAUUAAUAAUGCUCUUUCUCCAAAGGAUCAGCGCAUUCUUCCUCUAAGGACUUGAAAAUAAAAAUGGACCCCAUGUUUUUUUUAGGCAUUACCUUUUCUUAGCAGACUGCCAUCAUCUUUUAUAGAGGAAUUUUUUCACUAUGCAUUUGGUGGAUCUUUAUAAAAUACUGACCUUCUAACUAGCUCCAGGUCAGUCUUAAUUAAAAGGGGGGAAACAGACAAGGACGUCAAAAUAAGCCGAUGAAAGAAAUUGGUUUAAAAUUUUCAGCAUUAAGCAUUACUUUUUAAGUAAAAGAAUUCAUUGAAAAAAGUAUGUAUGCAGCAGUGGAACAUGGACCUGUGCUUUGCAGCGACUCCAACAUCCUCUGCCUGUCCUGGAAGGGUCGUGUUCCCAAGAGUGAGAAGGAGAAGCCUGUUUGUAGGAGGCGUUACUACGAGGAAGGCUGGUUGGCCACGGGAAACGGGCGCGGUGUAGUGGGGGUGACUUUCACUUCCAGCCACUGUCGCAGGGACAGGAGUACUCCACAGAGGAUAAACUUCAACCUGCGGGGCCACAAUAGUGAGGUUGUGCUGGUGAGGUGGAAUGAGCCAUACCAGAAACUGGCCACAUGUGAUGCAGAUGGAGGAAUAUUCGUGUGGAUUCAGUACGAAGGCAGAUGGUCUGUAGAACUGGUCAACGAUCGAGGGGCUCAGGUGAGUGAUUUCACUUGGAGCCACGAUGGGACUCAAGCACUUAUUUCAUAUCGCAAUGGGUUUGUCCUGGUUGGUUCUGUCAGUGGACAAAGACACUGGUCAUCUGAGAUCAACUUGGAAAGUCAAAUCACAUGUGGCAUAUGGACUCCUGAUGACCAACAGGUGCUGUUUGGCACAGCUGAUGGACAGGUGAUUGUCAUGGACUGCCAUGGCAGGAUGCUGGCCCAUGUCCUCCUGCACCAGUUCGACGGAAUCCUCAACAUGUCCUGGAACUACCCUAUCUUCCUGGUGGAAGACAGCAGCGAGAGUGACACAGACUCAGAUGACUAUUCCCCUCCCCAAGAUGGUCCUGCAGCAUACCCCAUCCCAGUACAGAACAUCAAGCCUCUGCUCACUGUCAGCUUCACCUCAGGAGAUAUCAGCUUAAUGAACAACUAUGAUGACCUGUCUCCCACUGUUAUCCGCUCAGGGCUGAAAGAGGUGGUGGCCCAGUGGUGCACACAGGGAGACUUACUGGCGGUUGCUGGGAUGGAGAGGCAGACUCAGCUCAGUGAGCUCCCCAAUGGACCUCUUCUAAAGAGUGCCAUGGUGAAGUUCUACAAUGUUCGAGGGGAGCACAUCUUUACACUGGACACACUUGUACAGCGCCCCAUCAUUUCCAUCUGCUGGGGCCACCGGGACUCACGGCUGCUGAUGGCCUCAGGGCCUGCCCUGUAUGUAGUUCGUGUGGAGCAUCGGGUGUCCAGCCUGCAGUUGCUAUGCCAACAGGCCAUUGCCAGUACUCUGCGAGAAGACAAAGACGUCAGCAAGCUGACGCUGCCUCCCCGCCUCUGUUCAUACCUCUCCACUGCUUUCAUCCCCACCAUUAAGCCCCCAAUUCCAGACCCCAACAACAUGCGAGACUUUGUCAGCUACCCCUCAGCUGGCAAUGAGCGGCUGCAUUGCACCAUGAAGCGCACAGAGGAUGACCCAGAGGUGGGUGGCCCAUGCUACACACUCUAUCUGGAGUACCUGGGCGGCCUUGUACCUAUCCUUAAGGGAAGGCGUGUCAGCAAACUGCGGCCAGAGUUCGUCAUCAUGGACCCACGGUCAGACAGCAAAUCAGAUGAGAUCUAUGGAAACAGCCUGAUUUCCACUGUAAUCGACAGCUGCAACUGCUCUGACUCCAGUGACAUUGAACUGAGUGAUGACUGGGCUGCCAAGAAAUCUCCCAAAAUUUCCAGGGCAAGCAAAUCACCCAAACUCCCAAGGAUCAGCAUUGAAGCUCGGAAGUCUCCCAAGCUGCCCCGGGCUGCUCAGGAGAUCUCCCGGUCUCCCCGGUUGCCCAUACGCAAGCCCUCUAUUGGCUCACCCAGCCUGACACGGAGAGAGUUUCCUUUUGAAGACAUCACUCAGCACAACUAUCUUGCUCAGGUCACAUCCAAUAUCUGGGGAACCAAAUUUAAGAUUGUGGGCUUGGCUGCUUUCCUGCCAACCAACCUCGGUGCAGUGAUCUAUAAAACCAGCCUGCUGCAUCUCCAGCCACGGCAGAUGACCAUCUAUCUCCCAGAAGUUCGGAAGAUUUCCAUGGACUAUAUUAACUUACCUGUCUUCAACCCAAAUGUUUUCAGUGAAGAUGAAGAUGAUUUACCAGUGACAGGAGCAUCUGGUGUCCCUGAGAGUAACCCACCUUGUACUGUGAACAUCCCCAUUGCACCGAUCCACAGCUCUGCUCAAGCUAUUUCCCCCACACAGAAUAUGGGGCUGGUGCAGUCCCUGCUGGCCAAUCAGAAUGUGCAGCUAGAUGUCCUGACCAAUCAGACAACAGCUGUGGGAGCAUCAGAACAUAUAGGUGACAGUAUGACCCAGUAUCCAGUCCCCAGCCGGUACUCCAACCCUGGGCAAGUGAUUUUUGGAGGUAUGGAGAUGGGCCGCAUCAUUCAAAACCCUCCACAGUUGCCCUUGCCACCGCCACCACCACCGCCACCACCACCACCGCCACCACCACCGCCACCACUACCACCACCACCACAGGGUGUCAUGCAGCUGGCUGUGAUGGACCAUGUGGACCGAGACCAUGAGCACCUGCAAAAGUCAGCCAAGGCCCUGCGACCAGUACCUCAGCUAGCAGCUGAGGGGGACGCAGUAGUCUUCGGUGCCCCCCAGGAGAUCCAGGUGACAAAAAUGAACCCCCCACCGCCCUACCCAGGAACCAUCCCUGCUGCCCCUACCACAGCUGCACCCCCACCACCUCUGCCACCACCUCAGCCACCAGUGGAUGUGUGCUUGAAGAAGGGGGACUUCUCCCUCUACCCCACAUCAGCGCAUUACCAGCCCCCCCUAGGCUACGAGAGGAUUACCACCUUCGACAGCAGUGGCAAUGUGGAGGAGGUGUGCCGGCCUCGUACUCGGAUGCUUUGCUCCCAGAACACCUAUACCCUUCCGGGCCCGGGUAGCUCAGCCACCUUGAGGCUUACAGCCACUGAGAAGAAAGUCUCCCAGCCCUGCACCAGUGCUACCCUUAACCGCCUGACUGUCCCUCGCUAUUCCAUCCCCACAGGGGAUCCACCCCCAUAUCCUGAGAUUGCUAGCCAGCUGGCCCAGGGUCGGGGCACUGUCCAGAGACUGGAUAGCAGCCUCAUCCAUGCCACCCUACGGAGAAACAACCGUGAAGUUGCCCUCAAAAUGACCCAGCUGGCUGACAGCUCCCGGGUCCCACUACAGCCCCUGGCCAAGCCCAAGGGCGGCCCUAGCGGGGCUGUGGCACAGCUCCCAGCAAGGCCUCCACCAGCCCUGUACACCUGCAGCCAAUGUAGUGGUGCAGGGCCCAGUUCACAGUCAGGGGCCAUCUUGGCCCAUGCUGUCAGCACCUCCCCACUGGCUUCCCAGUCCUCCUACAGUCUCUUGAGCCCGCCUGACAGUGCCCGCGACCGUACUGACUAUGUAAACUCAGCCUUCACAGAAGAUGAGGCACUGUCCCAGCACUGUCAGCUUGAGAAACCCUUGAGGCACCCCAUGCUGCCCGAAGCUGCUGUCACCAUGAAGCGGCCUCCCCCUUACCAGUGGGAUCCUGUGCUGGGCGAGGACGUUUGGGUUCCCCAGGAAAGGACAGCACAGCCUGCAGUGCCCAACCCUUUGAAACUGCCCCCUCUGAUUCUAGGGCAAGGCCAGCACCUGGAUGUGGCCCGGGUACCUUUUGUCUCCCCCAAAUCUCCCACCAGCCCUACUGCCACUUUCCAGACAGGCUAUGGGAUGGGAGUACCAUAUCCAGGAAGCUAUAACAACCCCUCUUUGCCUGGAGUGCAGGCUUCCUGCUCCCCCAAAGAUGCCCUGUCCCCAACACAGUUUGCACAACAGGAGUCUGCCGUCGUCCUUCAGCCAACAUACCCACCCAGCCUCUCCUAUUGCACCUUGCCCCCCAUGUACCCAGGAAGCAGCACAUGCUCCAGUUUACAGCUGCCACCUAUCGCCUUGCACCCAUGGAGUUCCUACGGCACCUGCCCACCCAUGCAGAACCCCCAGGGCACCCUCCCACCUAAGCCCCACUUGGUGGUGGAGAAGCCCCUUGUUUCCCCACCGCCAGCUGACCUCCAAAGCCACAUGGGCACUGAAGUGAUGGUAGAGACUACAGACAACUUCCAAGAGGUCCUCUCCCUGACAGAAAGCCCAGUCCCCCAGCGUUCAGAAAAAUUUGGAAAGAAGAACCGAAAGCGCCUAGAUAGCCGAGCAGAAGAAGGAAAUGUUCAGGCCAUCACUGAGGGCAAAGUAAAGAAGGAGGCUCGGACUUUGAGUGACUUCAAUUCUCUCAUCUCGAGUCCCCGCUUGGGAAGAGAGAAAAAGAAAGUGAAGAGUCAGAAAGACCAACUGAAGUCAAAGAAGUUGAACAAAACAAACGAAUUCCAGGACAGCUCAGAGAGUGAGCCUGAGCUAUUCAUUAGUGGGGAUGAGCUGAUGAACCAGAACCAGGGCAGCAAGAAAGGGUGGAAGAGCAAGAGAAGCCUGCGGACAGCCAGCGAGCUGGAGGAGUUCAAGUGCCGCAAAGCCAGUGAGAAGGAAGACGGGCGUCUGGGUAGCCAGGGAUUUGUGUAUGUGAUGGCCAACAAACAGCCCCUGUGGAACGAGGCCACACAGGUGUACCAACUGGAUUUUGGAGGGCGGGUGACCCAGGAAUCAACGAAGAACUUCCAGAUCGAGUUGGAAGGGCGGCAGGUGAUGCAGUUUGGGCGAAUUGACGACAAUGCGUACAUUCUAGACUUCCAGUACCCCUUCUCAGCUGUGCAGGCCUUCGCAGUUGCCCUGGCUAAUGUGACUCAGCGCCUCAAAUGAAGAGACUGGUGUGAGGAGGAGAUGCCAAGUAGCCUUUGGAGAAGAGUCCAUGUGACUGGAUGCCCAGGAAGACCAGAGACAACAUUGCAACUGGAUGAGCCCAUGGGGCCAAGAAGAGGCACUGACUAUUAGGCGUGGUUGUUUAUUUGAUUAUCGCUGUGGUCUUUCUUUUCUUCGUUCAGUAGGACGGCAUUUAGAAGCCAAGGGAAUCUAGUGCCUGUUGUUGUUUCAGGAAAUGUGUCUUGGCUGUUAAAUGUUCUACUGAGUUUGCUUCUCAGCAACCAGAACAAGGGCCUUUGGAGAGGAGACAGACUGCCUUCUAGCCUGCUGUUCUUCUAGGAGUAUGCAUUAGUGUACAUUCUCUACAACAUCUGGUCUUUAUUAUCACUAGUACAGAGUAAAAACAACCAAAGCCCAAAGAUUCAGGUUCUUUUGAGGAGGGCAGCAUUUAAUUCACAUACUUUAUGCUACCUCCAAAAGGUAAUUUGACAUAUGAAGGGCCACUGGGAAAAUGCACUGUGUUUGACUAGUGAAAGUAGGCUCUGUGUAGGGGUGCCAUCAUCCAGAUGAACGUGCGGUCCUGGGGGGGCCCAGGGAGGGCUAAUGAGGAAGGAGGUGUAGACAGGCACUUGAGACACCUGGGUGACUCAAUGGUAUGACUUAUACAGGGCCGCACUCCUCUUCCAAAGAUGUUCAUGUUGGAAGACUCGACUAAGUUUUCAUCAUCUGUCAGUGUCUCAUAGGAUCAGUGGUGAUUUUUAAGGAAGACCAACUUUAGAAGAAGGUAGGACACAAUAAUGGAAAGAGAGGUCUAGAAACUUCUCAAAUAGUGUGGUUAGUCACUAAAUCCCCCACUUGCUGAGAAACAGCCUCUCCUCUUUAUCUCAUUUAUUCUUUAAUGGAGUACAUUAUUGUAAGUGUUAUCUUUUCUAUUAGGUAUCAUUGUUCUAGCCUUCUCAAAGUGUAGGUGAGACUUACAUUAAAACCACUCCUUUCCUCCUGUUGGCUACAUUAAAAUUCAAAUGACCAGAAAUAUUUUCCAUCAAAUUAGAAGCAUAACCCCCAAAUUUUUAAGCAUUUACCAGGUAUUAAAAUGUAGACACAUGGUCAGAUCUUUGACAGAAGUUGCAUACUCUAAGAAAAAAAACUGUUUAUUAACUGUACAGAUUGUUUACUGAGGAAAUAAACCACUGGGAAAACAUUGUUAAAUUUGUUAAACUUAGGGCAAUUGGUUACGUUUUGUCUUGGGCUUUGGUUUAAAAAUUAGGGAAGUGGCCCAUUCAUUUCUCAGAGCAAAAUGACACCACUCUCCAUUCUUUGCUUUGGAGAAAAUACAAACUGCCUUCCAGCCUGUUGUUGAGGCUCUACUGACCAGUAUUUUAAAUAUGGUGGAGGAUAUGUCCCAGUUAAUACUGGAGUUUUCCAUUUUAUAAUAAGAAACAUUGGACCCAAUUCUUUGGCGAGUGUGGCAGUUAGGUUGGAGUGUCAAUUUGAUUGACUUUGGGAUCCCCAGAGAUUGGUUGAGCACACUAUUGGUGUAUCCAUAAAGGCAUAUUCUUGGGGUCUGUGCAUAGUCCCUUGCCCCUUCCUCUCUGGCACUUUUUCCUUGCUCUUUCUAAGAAUUAAGCCGCUUUACUAUGCCACACCCUUCUGCUAUAAUGUCUUUGGAGCCAGCCCAUCACGGACUGAAACUGUGAGAAAGUUAAACCUUUCCUUCUUUAAGUUUUGAAUGUUGGGUGUUGUGUCUCAGCAAGGAGAAAGCUAACUGUUACAGUGAAUAAAUUCUUUCAGAAAUUAGCAAUGUAUUCAGAAUUACCUAAUUCAUUCUUAUGGUUUCUGUAGCUAUGAUAUCUCAGUGCUUAUUAGUUGUGCAAUAAGUUAUAGCCUAUUUUGGGAAUAAUUUAAAGGUGAUUUCCCUGUUGUCCAAGAGAUGAUUAUUUAUCUUGCUUUUCAUAGUAUUCUUAGGAAUUAUUUCGUUACUGUGUAUUGCUGAGUUAUGCCCAUUUUAUUAUUUAUUUAGAAAAAUAGUAACUUUGUAAUGACUUAUUUGGUAGCAGUAUGUUUCACUGCAAGAAAUAAAGAGAACAUGAUAAGAUAUUUUUGCUGGAUAAUUUGUAACUUUUUUUUAAAACUAGGAAUUGAACUCAUGACCUCAUGUUUGCCAGGCAGGCAUUGUGCCACUGAGUUAUAUCCCCGGCCCUUUGUAACUUUUUCCAAUUGGGAAAAUUAAUCCUUUAAAAGUGAUUCUUUUUAAUUUUGUAGAAUUGAUUGUAUGCAAAGGAGAGUAUUUCUUUGAGAUAGCAUAUUGUAAAAUAGUAUUUCCUCUUACUUUGAAAAAUGUUUUUAAUGAAAAAUAAAGGGUAAUGGGAAAUAAAGGAGAAGCUGUCAAAUAAGAGUAGCAAAGGAAAGAACUGUUAAGAAAUCAGCUUCAGUUUCUUAGUUCUGUAUAGUUUUUGAGCCAUAAAGACCACAAAAGAAUACAUUUUAGAAUGUCUCUAUAUAAAACAAAUAUAGGGAAGUCAGUCCCCAACACACUUGCCCCUCAGGCAGAUCUGUCCCUAAAGUAGCUGCCAGCACACUCCCCCACCGAGGCUGAGAAAUAACAAGUCUCACCUGGCAGUCCAGGCAGACGCAGCAGCUGCAGCAGUUGUGAUUGGUGGUGUCUUUCAAGGUAAGGCAGUUUUACUUGCUCUAAAAAUUCGUUUCAGUCUCAGUUGAUUAAAUACUACUAAAGUUAGGACUUUAAGCAGCAGAAUUCCAACUACAUCAUGUUUAUUAAUACUGAUUUAUAAAUGUCAAGAAAUCUCAUUGACUUCCUAAAUUUAAAAACAGUCCAAUAAAAAGUCAAUUAUGUAAAGAGUUUUGAGGGAAAUGGUAUAUUAACAAACAUAAAAAUUAAUUUUGAAUUUAUUUAGCUCUAACUUGAUCAAACCAAAGUUGUCACGGGUAUGUGCACAAAAAUACCCAGUGAUUGUAUAUCCUGAGAAAAACUGGGACCAAAGAAGCAAGAAACUCUGAAAGCUUAAUGGCAGUGUAAAUCACAGACAUUUGCAGGUUGGUGUUUUUCAUCCAUAGCUGUUGCUCCUAUGUCAGAUGCCCCACAUAGAUGUGUGGAAACAUGUAAUUUUCAUUCUGUCAUCACAGCAGAUCAGGAGGCCUCAGGAUUGUGCCUGCUCUGCCCUAAGGUUAGAGGGUGGCAAACCUCUGGAACUGUCAGACCUCUCUUCAUUGGCAAAUUUGCAAGAGAUAUCUGGACAUUCCUAACUCCUUUCCAGCUCCAGUAGCCCAGGAAUUCAGAAUUGAACAGUUUGAUCUUCCCACUCCACAAGCAUAGAAAGUAUGUUUUGAAACAUUGUCUUUUUAUAGAGAUUUUUUCCCUAAGUCAGUCAGCUGUCUACUGAAUAUAAACCAGUGCACUUAACAUCGUAUCUUUAGAAAUGCAUUUGGAUUCAUGCUUGUUCUUGAAAAAUUACACAAAAGCAUGGAUUCUAGGCAAGACAGAGGUGUCCUAUUCAGCGGCUAUCCUUGAGAACAGAAAAAAUAAGUGCCCACUUGCCUUCAAAACCUGAGAGCGUAUUCAGAAAGAAUAGAGGAGUGUAAAUUUAGGUGGACGUACUAUCUUUAGUGUGAUUCAAGUUCACACUACCUUCAAAUUCAAAAGGUUGAAGGAACUCAUGAGAAAAAGAACACACAGUGUCCCUGCGUGGGCUGCAGAUCACUUGGCCAAAUCUAUGGUUGUUGACAAAGUUAGCUGAGACAAAACAUGUCAGAAAUGUCGUUUGAGUUCCUAGGAGUUUGUACGCACACACAACUCAGAACUCUGUGCCAUUUGUGUAUUUCCUUAUCUCUGGCUGAUAAACUCUGAAGGUUUGUAGCUUAUUUUGUUUUCAUUUUCUUUGGCUUUGUGCAAUUUUCCUGUAACUUUACUUGUACCUGUAUUUUCUGUUUACAAGUUCUUUUUGAAGUAAGGGAUAGGAUUAUAAGAUCUCAUUUAUUGUAGAUAAAAUUCUUUUUUCGUGUUGUAGAGAAGCAUGGAUUAUGUGUGAAAAAGGCACUGUAUUAUUUACCAAAGGGGUAUUGUUUUUGCAUUUAUUUAUAAAUGCAUUAUUUUGGUACUGUAAAUUUGGACAUAGUUUUUAGUUUAUUACUACUGGCACUUUUUCUUUUCUUCUUUCCUUUCUACCUCUUUUCUGUCUCUUGUUCCCUACUCUCUUUCUUUCCCCUCCCAUAAGUGUGCAGUGCAGGUGCACAGGUCCCAGACCAUAAAAGACCACCAGCAUGUUCUUGUCUAGACCUUGGGAGUGAUGUACACUGCUUUGUGUACCUUAGUUCCUCUAAUGUUUUUUUUUUUUAAUUUAACAUUCUACUUAGUUUCACUUUCCAAGCAAGAUCUGUUGAGAUUCCCAGCUGCAUUUCAAUGAACUAUCCCUUAUUUGCCUUUCUUAUGUAUUUUGUGUAUUCGAUUGUGCAGAAGGUAUUGUAGAAGGCAUUAAUGGUUUGUAUUCACAAUGAUGUGGUUUGUCCAAAAUAAUUUUGUUUUUAUAAUUGAAAUGAUUUGAUCUUAUUUUUCCUUAAUGAAUUAAAAUUGUAAGAGUUGUCCAGCUAUUGCUUAAUAAAAUUUUGCAAAUCAAAAAA